AUGUUUGUUCAUUGGCUCCUGGUGGUCUUCAUUUCUUUCAUACAACUUACAUCUAACAUCGCACGUCCGCAAGGCUUCGGAACGCCGCAGCCGGCUUUUGAUGGUGCCACCGAUGAUAGUUUUUUGACUAUACUCGUCACAAAACUCAACACUGGACUUAACCAAAUCGAAGCUGCAAAUAACGCAGGGAAUCUACUUGUUAUCAAAGACAUCGCAGUAGAUCUGCGCAAGUUGAUACCAACGCUAGAUCAGGUUGUGAUAGCCAUCGCAAACAAUGCAAACAGAGUUACAGACUCUCUAAUUGCCCAGGACCUUACAGCCACUAGAGAUACUGUGCUAAGCGAUAACGAUUCGAUUGCGGACAACCUUUACGUUUUGAGUUUUUGUUGGCCCAUUCCUGCCCUGGUUACUUAUUACGUCGGUCAAGUGAGGACGCAAAUGGCUGGCGCCGCACAGCAAUUCGCGGAAAUCAGGAAAAAGGGCGCUUCCGACACAACUAUUGCAUAG